CAGAUUUUAAUGGAGGUUAUGUGUAUUUUUAAAAUGUCGAAAAUUUUUCGUCCACCGACAUGAAUUUGAGUUCAAAUAAUGCCGUCGUUAAUGGACUGCUUUUUGCCGGAUUUAAUCAAGACCAAGUGCUAACAUCGUUCCAGGUUGUUUUGCUUGUGCUACAACCGCUGGAUUUAGGAUAUACAAUUGCGAUCCUUUGAAAGAGAAAGUGAGACAGGAUUUUGAAGAUGGUGGCCUGGGGUAUGUGGAGAUGUUGUUUAGAUGCAACUAUCUUGCACUUGUUGGAGGUGGUCCAAAGCCUUUAUAUCCUCCUAACAGAGUGAUGAUUUGGGAUGACUUGAGGAAAACGACACCUAUUUACUUGGAAUUCAAUGAUCCUGUUCUAGGAGUAAAACUCCGAAGAGAUAGAAUUGUGGUAGUUCUAGAAUCGGUAAUAAAGGUUUACACAUUUACACAAACACCAACACAAAUUCAUGUAUUUGAAACAUGUGCAAAUCCAAAAGGAUUAUGUGUUCUGUGUCCAAACAGUAACAAUUCUAUUUUGGCAUUUCCUGGACGUAAGACAGGACAUGUUCAGUUGGUUGAUUUGGCAAAUACAGAAAAAUCUCCUUUAGAUAUUGUUGCCCAUGAAGCCAACAUUAGCUGUAUUUCGUUGAAUCUGCAAGGUACACGAUUAGCAAGUGCCAGUGAGAAGGGAACUCUAAUUAGGGUCUUUGAUACAUGUAGCGGGGAACGAAUAGCAGAGCUUAGGAGGGGUGCUCAUCAGGCAAACAUCUACUGUAUAAAUUUUAACCAUACAUCAACUUUACUUUGUGUGUCCUCUGACCAUGGGACUGUACAUAUUUUUGCACUUGAUGAUUUCAAACUGAAUAAGCAAUCUUCCUUGGCAAACGCGUCAUUUCUGCCAAAAUAUUUUUCAUCCACAUGGUCAUUUUGUAAAUUUACUGUACCAAAUGGACCUCCAUGUAUUUGCGCAUUUGGAGCAGACAGUAAUUCUAUUGUAGUAAUUUGUGCUGAUGGUUCGUAUUACAAAUUCGCCUUCAAUUCAAAAGGUGAGUGCCUUCGCGAGCAGUGUGCUCAGUUUCUCGAAAUUACAGAUGAAAGUUUGUAAGUUUAAAACACAAGUCCACUAAAUAUCACACC